ACUGUCGCGCGGGCCGCGCCGGCGAUGCCGCGCCCCCGGGCCGGGCUGUAGCGGGGCCGGGGUGGAGUGUACGCGGGGCAGGCCGGACAUGGAGGUGGUGGACGAGACGGAGGCGCUGCAGCGCUUCUUCGAAGGCCACGACAUCAACGGCGCCCUGGAGCCCUCCAACAUAGACACCAGCAUCCUGGAGGAGUACAUCAGCAAGGAGGACGCCUCUGACCUCUGCUUCCCUGACAUCUCUGCUCCAGCCAGUGUGGCCUCCUACCCCCAUGGGCAGCCAGCGAUCCCCGGCUCCAGCGGGGUCCACCACCUGAGCCCCCCCGGGGGCGGACCCUCCCCGGGUCGCCAUGGCCCCCUCCCACCCCCGAACUACAGCGCCCCGCUCAACUGCAACAACAACAACGGCAUGGGUGCUGCUCCCAAGCCCUUCCUGGGGGGCUCUGGGCCCCCCAUCAAGGCAGAGCCCAAGGCUCCCUAUGCCCCCGGCACGCUGCCAGACUCCCCCCCAGACUCUGGCUCCGAGGCCUACUCCCCCCAGCAGGUGAAUGACCCCCAUCUCCUGCGCACCCUAACCCCUGAGAGCCUUUGCCACGUGGGGGUGCCCUCCCGCCCGGAGCAUCCCCCCCCGCCGCCCCCGCCUCACUACCCCGUCCUGCAGCGGGAUCUGUACAUGAAGGCUGAGCCUCCGAUGCCCCCCUACGCUGCCAUGGGGCAGGGGCUGGUGCCCACCGAUCUCCACCAUACCCAGCAGUCCCAGAUGCUGCACCAGCUGCUGCAGCAACACGGAGCCGGAGCCGAGCUCCCCACACACCCCUCCAAGAAGAGGAAGCACUCCGAAUCACCCCCCAACACCCUCAAUGCCCAGAUGCUGAAUGGAAUGAUCAAACAGGAGCCCGGGACCGUGACAUCCCUGCCACCGCACCCAGCUCGAGCCCCAUCCCCACCCUGGCCUCCCCAGGGCCCGCUCUCACCCGGCCCUGGCUCCUUGCCCCUCAGCAUCGCCCGGGUCCAGACGCCGCCUUGGCACCCACCAGGUGCACCCUCACCAGGUCUCCUUCAGGACAAUGAUAGCCUCAGUGGCUCCUACCUGGACCCCAAUUACCAGUCCAUCAAGUGGCAACCACAUCAGCAGAACAAGUGGGCGACACUGUACGAUGCAAACUACAAGGAGCUGCCCAUGCUCACCUACCGCGUGGACGCCGACAAGGGUUUCAACUUUUCGGUGGGCGACGACGCCUUCGUGUGCCAGAAGAAGAACCACUUCCAGGUGACGGUGUACAUCGGCAUGCUGGGCGAGCCCAAGUAUGUCAAGACGCCCGAAGGCCUCAAGCCCCUUGACUGCUUCUACCUGAAGCUGCACGGAGUGAAGCUGGAGGCCCUCAACCAGUCCAUCAACAUCGAGCAGUCGCAGUCAGACCGAAGCAAGCGGCCCUUCAACCCUGUCACGGUCAGCCUGCCCCCCGAGCAGGUCACGAAGGUGACUGUGGGGAGGUUGCACUUCAGCGAGACCACCGCCAACAACAUGCGCAAGAAGGGCAAGCCCAACCCUGACCAGAGGUACUUCAUGCUGGUGGUGGCCCUCCAGGCCCACGCACAGAACCAGAACUACACGCUGGCCGCCCAGAUCUCAGAACGCAUCAUCGUGCGGGCCUCCAAUCCGGGCCAGUUUGAGAGUGACAGCGACGUGCUGUGGCAGCGGGCGCAGGUGCCCGACACCGUCUUCCACCAUGGCCGUGUGGGCAUCAACACAGACCGGCCCGAUGAGGCGCUGGUGGUGCACGGCAACGUCAAGGUCAUGGGCUCGCUCAUGCACCCCUCGGAUCUGCGGGCCAAGGAGCACUUGCAGGAGGUGGACACCACCGAGCAGCUGAAGAGGAUUUCACGCAUGCGGCUGGUCCACUACAGAUACAAGCCAGAGUUUGCCGCCACUGCUGGCAUCGAGGCCGCGGCGCCAGAAACGGGUGUCAUCGCUCAGGAGGUGAAGGAGAUCCUGCCUGAGGCCGUGAAGGACACUGGAGACGUGGUCUUUGCCAAUGGGAAAACCAUAGAGAACUUCCUGGUGGUGAACAAGGAGCGCAUCUUCAUGGAGAACGUGGGUGCUGUGAAGGAGCUGUGCAAGCUGACGGACAACCUGGAGACGCGCAUCGAUGAGCUGGAGCGCUGGAGCCACAAGCUGGCCAAGCUGCGGCGCCUCGACAGCCUCAAGUCCACCGGCAGCUCGGGCGCCUUCAGCCACGCAGGGAGCCAGUUCAGCCGGGCGGGCAGCGUCCCCCACAAGAAGAGGCCCCCCAAGGUGGCCAGCAAGUCAUCGUCUGUGGUCCCAGACCAGGCCUGCAUCAGCCAGCGGUUCCUGCAGGGAACCAUCAUCGCCCUGGUGGUGGUCAUGGCCUUCAGCGUGGUGUCCAUGUCUACACUGUAUGUGCUGAGCCUGCGCACCGAGGAGGACCUGGUGGAAACUGAUGGCUCUUUUGCCGUGUCCACUUCCUGUCUUCUGGCCCUGCUCCGGCCCCAGCACCCUGGGGGGAGUGAGGCCAUGUGCCCAUGCAGGUCCAGCCAGAGCUUUGGGACCACUCAGCUCCGACAGUCCCCUGUGACCACUGGGCGGCCGGGCACACGGCCCUCUCUGCUGCUGGUUACCACUGGCCCGACCAGCUCGGCCCCAGCUCCAGCCCUCCGCACCUUGGACCUGUGCUCCAGCCGCCCCUGCCCAGUCGUCUGCUGCUCCUCGCCCAGCCCCAGCCCCACCACUGACCCUAGCCUUGGCCCCAGCUUUAAUCCUGGCCAUGGUCUCAGCCCCAGUCCCGGCCCCUCCACCAACCGCUCAGGCCCCAGCCAGAUGGCCCUGCUGCCAGUCACCAACAUCAGAGCCAAGUCCUGGGGCCUGUCGGCCAAUGGCAUUGGCUACUUCAAGCAUCCAAAGAACUCGGACCCUGUGGCCAGCCCUGUGGUCCCCUUUCCUGGAGGCCAGGGCAAAGCCAAGAACAGCCCUAGCCUUGGUCUCCAUGUCCGGGGCCGCCGAGGGGUCCCUCAGCUUGGCCUGAGCCCUGCUCAGCCCACCCAGGCCCGGAGCCAGCCAGUGGCCUCUCUCCUUGCAGACCCAGUGCCGUCCCUGACCUCCAUCCAGGUGCUGGAGAAUUCGAUGCCCAUCACGUCCCAGUACUGCUCCUCAGAGGACGCCUGCAGGCCUGGAAACUUCACCUACCACAUCCCCAUCAGCAGCAGCACCCCGCUGCACCUCCGCCUGACCCUGCAGAUGAACUCCUCGGCCCCCGUGUCCGUGGUGCUGUGCAGCUUGAUGUCAAAGGAGGAGCCGUGUGAGGAGGGGGGCUUUCCACAGAGCCUCCAUGCCCACCAGGACACCCAGGGCACCUCCCACCAGUGGCCAGUAACCAUCCUGUCCUUCCGCAGAUUCACCUACCACUUCCGGGUGGCACUGCUGGGUCAGGCCAACUGCAGCUUGGAGGCCCCGGUCUGGCCGGCCGCAGACUACUACUUCCACUUCUACCGCCUGUGUGACUGAGCUGCCCUCGGAGGCAGCGCCACAGCAGGGCCCGGGGGUCCCCGGGCGCCCCCUCCACACUGGAUGCCAUGGUGUUACACUGGAGCCCCGCCGCUGGCACCUCCGCGGAGGAGGUGAGGCGGCUCGGCCCUCCCAGCGCCUGGUGACACUGGAAGUCCUCACACUGGAGCCGCUAGUCCUGCUGGCGGCGCCCCCAGACCACGGAGGGCGCUGGAGGGAGACCUGUGGGCCCAGGCCGGCCCGAUUCACGUGGGUCCAGAUAUGGCCGAUGGAGGGCUGGCGGGCGGCAGCGCCCCAGAGGCGGGGGAAGCCCGUGACUCAGCCCAGAGCCCCCCCUUCCUGCCUCCCCUUCUGCGACUGGGAGCCACCCCUCUUUUGGAGAGAGGACCCAUCCGCCUUUGAGACCAGCGGGGGCUUGGCUCGAGCCCUCAGAGACUUGGCUGGACCCACGAGUCAGUGGAGGGCGGACAGCCCUUACCCUUGAAGCUGCUCCCUGGGGAGGGCUAGGUGGUGGACUUCUUAGGGUCUGACUGUUACUAGACUUGGACUUCUAAGCUUUAAGCACGGCCCAGGAGGUCUCUUCUCCCUGGGAGAGCUUGGCUCCAAGAGCUCCCAGGGCAGCUGAAGCCAGCCCUGGAUGGGCUGACCGCGUGCCUUGUGUACACUUAGUGCCUGGCUGAACCAGGGGAGCCUGUGGGCCAGGUAAGCCUUGGACUCUUGAACCUGGAGUAUCCCGAAGGGAAGGAAGUUCCCUGUGAGCCCCCAGAUGGCGUUGUGGCCCCACGGCCUGGGCCCCUGGGAGCUUCCAGAGCUCACAGAGGUCUCUGAGCAGAGGAGCGGGAAUCCCUGCAAGGCAGCAGGCCGGUCUUGUCUGGUGGGUGGAUGCAAAGAGCUUUUGCUGUUAUUAAUGAAAUAAUUACUAAAAUGCACUUAAACCAGGGCAGGAGUGGAAGGAUGGAGAUGGAAAGCCCGGAGUGGGCCAGAGCCCUGGGGGGACACUUGAAAGGCAGGGCCCUGGCUCUGAUCCAUCCCAGGGAGCCUUGAGACACCCAUCCCACUCCCUACCACCAGGAGUGGCUUUUCCCUCCACUCUUGUCUGCUGGUGGCCUCACCUCCUCGGAUUAAAGGGCUCCUGUGCUGGGCUUGGACAGCCAGGCUGGGGGCCCCGUGCUCGGCAGUAGUCCCAGUUCUGCCCACUCCUCCCAGGAACAGAGUGGUGGGCUUGGGUUACAGAAGAAGUCUUAUCUCAAGUGCCAAUGUUAACCUUUCUUAGUGGGUAUCUGGAGCUUUCUGAGCCCACAUCCAGGCUCAUGGAAGGAGAGUGGAAAUCAUUUCGCCGUGUCUGCCAUGGGUUCAGAAAUGGGGAUGGAAAUGCCGUCCUUGCCCUGUGAUAUUCUGCCACCUCUUUGGGAGCCAGGCCUUGCCCCAUCUACCUCUCAUUCUCAGCUUUGAGUGGGAGGCCUUUCUGUGAGAGACCUGAAUCUUGAAGAAGCCUAGGAACCGCGGGCCCCCUUCUGCUAGGGAUGUCAAAGCACUUCUCCUCGGGAUACGGAAACACAGGGGGAAUGGGGGUAGCAAGGAUACCUCGCCUCCCAGCCCCCUCCCCAGUGUGGCCCCUCCUUCCGACAUAGGAAUUACAUGGCUCCCCACACCAUGCUGGCGGCCGAGGCCUACUUAGCGCUGCUCUGUUCUCCUUCCUCCCACUGGUGGAACCCUCCCUAAAUGCCAUAAAACUACUGAGCCCUGCCCCUUCUAAUAGGAUUCUGGGGCUUCCUCAGUGGGGGCACAAGUUCUUGGACCGCGGCCCCCCUGUACUUAACUGGAAGGUGACCCUCCACUGCCCCCUGGAGCCAUCUGGACACAGCAUCGCCCCAAUCUGGUUGGCAGCUGGCUGUUUCCAUGCCUGGGGAGGGGGUCCUCAGUGCUGUUUGGGGCCAAGGGGGGGGCGGGUGGUCAACCUUGGACUAAAGUUGCCUUAAGCCCAGUGAGGGAAAGGGGCUUCAGGGAAGGCCAGUGGGCCACCUGCUGGAGGCUGACAGCUGCCUGGCGGGCGCCGGUGAGUGGGAGUCUUGGCUCCACCCCCUACCCCUCCCCUCCUCUCUCCCCUUUGCAUCUCCCCUCCCUUCCUCUCUCCCCUUUGCAUCUCCCCUCCCUUCCUCUCUCCCCUUUGCAUCUCCCCUCCCUUCCUCUCUCCCUACAGCAUUUACUCCUAUAGCCACUGGGCCGAUCUCCCCCACGCUUCAAGCUGUACACAGCGCCUCUCAGUGCACAAGUGCCCCUGCCCACGUUCCAGCCCCGGGAAAGCCUGCGUGUGCAUAGCGCGCCCCUUCCCUCCCACUUAACUCCCCCUUCCUGCCCCUGAGCUUUGACUCAUAUUUAUCGCAUACCAACUCUGACUCUGGAAUGGGCAGAGGGAAGCAGCCCCAGGCCUGCUUGCUUCCUGUCCCCUGAACUGUUCUUUUCUGAAGUAAAUAUACGUAUAUAAAUAAAUGUAUAAACACUGCUUUGUAUCUGA